GGAUGUAACUAAACAAGGCCUAAUAUAUGGACUUGAACAAGUCGGGAGCUACUGGAGUUAGAAAUUUAUCCUUAUUGCAUGAUAGGUUUGAAAGACCUGAUUUUCCUCAGUUUUUCUCAGGAGCAACUCCACUAGUGGGAAGUUUGCCCUACGCCCAGUGCUAUGGAGGACAUCAAUUUGGUGUAUGGGCUGGUCAGUUGGGGGAUGGAAGAGCGAUAACUCUUGGAGAGGUUGUUAACUCUCGAGGUGAGAGAUGGGAAUUGCAGCUCAAAGGUUGUGGAAAGACUCCAUACAGCAGAUUUGCUGAUGGUCUUGCUGUCCUACGCAGCAGUAUCCGUGAAUUCUUAUGCAGUGAAGCCAUGCACGGUCUAGGCAUUCCUACAACUCGUGCUCUUUGUCUAGUUGAAACUGGAAAAUCAGUUGUCCGAGAUAUGUUCUAUGAUGGCAAUGCAAAGGAAGAACCAGGAGCAAUUGUAUGUCGUGUUGCACCAUCAUUUUUACGUUUUGGUUCAUAUCAGAUACAUGCUUCAAGGGGCAAAGAGGACAUUGAAAUUGUUCGUCGUUUGGCUGACUACAUGAUACGUCAUCACUUUCCGCAUCUUGAAAAUAUGAAAAAGAGUGAAGGUUUGUCAUUCGAGGCAGCCAUAGGAGAUUCUCCAACAAUAGAUCUCACAUCAAACAAAUAUGCAGCCUGGGCCGUUGAGGUUGCAGAGAGGACUGCUUACUUGAUAGCUAGAUGGCAAGGUGUUGGCUUCACCCAUGGUGUACUUAACACUGACAACAUGAGUGUGCUGGGCCUAACUAUUGAUUAUGGACCGUUUGGCUUUCUCGAUGCCUUUGAUCCUAGCUAUACUCCAAAUACCACUGAUCUUCCUGGGAAAAGGUAUUGUUUUGCAAACCAGCCUGAUGUUGGCUUGUGGAAUAUUGCUCAGUUUACUGGACCAUUGUCAUCUGCUGAGCUUAUCAGCAAAGACGAGGCAAAUUAUGUGAUGGAGAGGUAUGGGACAAAGUUCAUGGAUGAGUAUCAAUCUAUCAUGACCAAAAAGCUGGGCUUAACCAAGUAUAAUAAGCAGCUAAUUAGUAAGCUGCUUAACAACUUGGCAGUUGAUAAGGUUGACUACACCAACUUCUUCCGUCUCCUUUCGAAUGUCAAUGCGGAUCCUGGUAUUCCGGAGAAUGAGCUGCUUGUUCCACUGAAGGCUGCUCUCCUAGAUAUUGGGAAAGAAAGGAAGGAAGCAUGGAUUAGUUGGGUACAGACCUAUAUUGAAGAGCUGGUGGAGAGUGGCAUUCCCGAUGAAGAAAGGAAAGCUGCGAUGAACUCAGUUAAUCCAAAGUACGUUCUCCGCAACUAUCUGUGCCAGUCUGCUAUCGACGCAGCUGAGCAAGGUGAUUAUGAGGAGGUUCGCCGGCUGCUUAAAGUAAUGCAGAAUCCUUAUGAUGAGCAGCCGGGAAUGGAGAAGUAUGCACGGUUGCCACCAGCCUGGGCAUACAGACCUGGAGUUUGCAUGCUGUCCUGCUCCUCGUGAACCCAGGAUGCAAGACGUGGGCAUUACAAAAAUAUUUGGGUGGUUGUAGUCUUUCUCCUGUAUAGGGGUACAUCUUAGUUGUAAGUUAUGCUAUAAUGUGUCGAGCAUCGCAUGCUAUUUUUUUUCAGUGAUGCAAGUGUUUAAGGAGAAUCUUAGUCGUAAGUUAUGCGCUAACUAUCAUGUCGUUGCAAGAACAGUGAAGCAGUUCGAUCAGGAAUUAGUAAUUGUGAAGCGAAACACCCGGACAUGUACCUAGAUUUCGGAGAUGUUCUCCAGUGAAAGUAUCCCGUACGGAGAUAGUAGAAUUUUUGGCA